UUAUGGCAAAUAACGGUUGUAAAUUUUGUGGGUUCCGGCUAAGAAAUUAAUGUGAUAAUUAAUGGAAUUGUUGUGCUAUUUAAAAAUAUGGCAAUUUUAAACCGCUACAAUGACUAGUGUGACAAGAAACAUUCAAUUACGGGAAUUUUGUCUUUUAUCUGCCCAUCGAACCUUAAAAAACAACCGGUGUCUAUCGAGAUUUAAGGCGUUGUCAUUUACAUUUUCUACAUCAAAAAAGUGAAUAUAAUUAUUCAGAAAAAAAAUGUAAAUAAUUAUAAUUUAAAUAAUAGAACGUUUGAAAAUUAAUUUUUAAUCGUCGUUGAGGAAUUUAUUUGGUUAAAAAAAAAAGUGAGUGAAAGAAAGAGAGACAACAACGUCAUGAAUGAACGAAACAUUAUUGAAUAUACUCCAAGUUUUGUCAGCUGAUUAACAGAGAAAAAAAAUGACAUGUGAGUCACUUGUUCUUAUUCAGUGUUCCUUGAGAAGCCGGAUCGUUCGUUGAUCGUUUGAACCGGUUUUUUAUUAAAUAAACAAAAAAAAAACCUGCUGGGCGGGAAAAGUGUGAAAAAAUUUGUUAGAAGCGAAAAAAAAAAAAAAAAAAAAUGGGAAAUAAAUGCAGUUGUUGUGCAUAUUCAAGUCCACAACUUGGUCGAAAAGAUUUAGGUGGCGAUGGUGUUGGUCGUGGUUUAGAGGAACAUCUUCCUGAUGGUGAUAUUAGUGUCAAUAAUCUUCAACAUAUUAGUGAACGAGAGCCGGAAGUUUGGAAUUCCGAUCCGUCUUUGCAUCCCUGUGCUGGCACCAUAUUUCUUGAAAGAUCCAAACAAUCCAUUGAAAAUGGAAUGGUAAGAAAAAAGAGUCAACAUCAAAUUGCUGAUAUAAGACCAUUAAAAAAAAGUAGUAGCUGUAGUACUAUUUAUUUAGACGAUAGUACUGUAUCUCAACCAAAUUUAAAAAAUACUGUUAAAUGCGUCGCAUUGGCAAUAUAUUAUCAUAUUAAAAAUAGAACAUCACAGCGUCAAAUUGAAAUAUUUGAUGAAAAAUUACAUCCUCUUACGAGAGACGGUGUUGCUGAUGAUUAUGAUAAACACAAUCCGGAACAUAAGCAAAUUUAUAAAUUUGUGAGAACUCUUUUUAAUGCGGCACAAUUAACAGCUGAAUGUGCUAUUAUAACAUUAGUGUAUCUCGAACGUUUGCUCACUUAUGCGGAAAUUGAUAUAACGCCCGCUAAUUGGAAACGAAUUGUUCUUGGUGCUAUUUUACUAGCUUCAAAAGUAUGGGACGAUCAGGCUGUGUGGAAUGUUGACUAUUGUCAAAUACUUAAGGACAUUACUGUCGAAGAUAUGAACGAAUUAGAAAGACAAUUUUUGGAAAUGCUUCAAUUCAAUAUUAAUGUUCCUUCCAGUGUGUACGCCAAAUAUUAUUUCGAUCUCAGGACACUUGCCGAGGCAAAUUCAUUGGCUUCGGAUUUUUCUUUACCAUUGAGUAAAGAAAAAGCCCAAAAACUCGAGGCAAUGUCGCGUGUUUAUGAAGAUAAAAUUGCCGCUGAAUUUUUACGUAAUGGUAUUAAAAAAUGGUCGAGCCUCGAUAAUAUUUGUUUAGCACCACGUCGAAGUAUUGCCAUUCUUUCGUAAAUUUACAAAAAAAAAAAAAAAAAUUGCAAUUGAAAAGAAAUUAAGAAUCUUAUUAACAUUUUUUCGCGAAAGAUGGUUCUUUUUUUCUUGAUUAUUAAAAAAAAAAAAAAACCAGUGUAAUUUAUUAAAUUUAUCUUUUUUUUUAAGUGCUUUGCAAGAAAAGAGAAUAUAGAUUUUUUUUUUGUUUGUUUUUUGGAAAAGUAAAAAUUAAUUUACUGAUAUAGAGGGAAGAUUUUUUUUAAAUCAAAAUUUGGCCCAAAUUUAGUAAUUCAAAUAGAAAAAUGUGCUAGAACAAUUUGGGAUCAAUUUUUUUAGCUUUGUUGUGCACUAUUUUAAUUUUGAGAAUAUUUUUUUUUAUAAUUUUUUUUUUCCGCCUCCUGUGAUGUUCUUUUUACUGCAUUUGUUCCACUAAUUUUACUUUUAGUCUCUUUUUUAGAGAAUGUAUUUUUUUUUGUAUACACAUUUCAUUUCGAAGCUUAAUUACCGCAUAUUUUUUUAUGUUUUUUUUUCGAGAUUUAAAGCUCUUUGAAAAGGCUUUUUAUAAAGAAAACGUUAACAAAGAGCUUGUAAAUUUGAUUUAAAAAGUUUGCUAUGUAAACUGACUGAUUAGAUAUUUUGUAAAGCAGAAGGGAAAAAAAAAAAACUUUUAUCUUAGUGGGGGGAAAAAAUUGGAGAUUUUUUUUUCAUUAUUAAAUUAAUAAUUUCAAAAUUUCUAAUUGUCCAGUGAAAUGAUUUUUAUUUUAUUUUUGUGUAUUCGAGAAUGAAUGUAACGAAUCAAAAAGUAUAUAGUACAAAGAGAAUUGAAAACAAUAGGAAUGCGCCAAGGUUGUUUUUUUUGGCUUGCACCAUUAUUUUGCUCAAUGUUUUUCUUUUUUUUUCGAAAAAAGAAACCGCUUUUUGAGAUUUUAAGCGACAAAAUUUUUUUUACUCAUAACUAAAAUUCUCGAGAGGUAAAAUUUCUUUUUUCUGCAAAUUAAUUUACAAUUUAAUUAAAAUUGUUAUUAAAUUGUAAUUUUUUUUUUUGGAAAAAUAAUUGAAAUAUUUCAAAUAUAAUUGUGAAUUUCAAUUAAUGAAAUUAUUUAUAAAUGGAAAUUCAGAACUCUAGGAAAAAAAAAAGAUGAAGCUUCCUAUUUUUAGAUUUACUUAGAUGCAUUUUAAAUACUUAAGCUUAAUAUUAAAAUUAAGUCUUUAGCUUGUAAAAAAAAAAAACUUGCGUGAAAAAAAAGGAAAUCAUAACCGUCGUGCAAUUUGACAUAUCUGCGAAAUGAAAAUUCAUCAAACUAUUAUUGUAAUGUAAUUUUUCCAUUUUCGGCCUCGAGAAAAUAUAAUUCAAUAUUGUUCCUUUAUAUUUUUAAUUUGCCAAGAAUGCGCAUAAACUAUUUUUAUAUAAACUCAAUGAAACUGAAUAGAAGAAAAUUUUUUGCGUCCUUGCGCAAAUAAAAUAUUGUAAGUAUAGUGCGAAUCUCGAUGUUUUAAUACUUCGUAUAAUAUGGCUUAUUUUUCUUUUUGUUCUUUAAAUUAUUAGCUUAAAAACUCGAACAAAAAAAAAAAAGAAAAAAAACGCGUAUAUUGUAAUAAAAUAACAGCAAUUUCAAUCUUCCAUCCUGAUAACCAACAAAGUUAUAUAAUUUUUUUUUUGCUCUAACAUAUGUACAUGGCCAAAUGCGAAAUAAUAAUUAAGGAUAGUUAAAAGAAAAAGGAAAAAAAAAAUAGUUGUGAUAAAUUGUUAAGAUUAUUCGACGAUAAGUGAUUAGCAUUUUGGGACGUUCGAUUUAUUCGGAAAUUCUAAUUUUUUCCCUUGUAUUCAAAAGUAUUUGAAAUCAAUUUUUUUUAUUAAUAUUAUUAUUAUUUCUUUUUAUUAUUAUUUUAUAAUAAGUAAUAAUAAUUAUCAAAUAAGAAUUUAUCGAGAAAAUCAAGCGUCCCCAAUAAUUUUCUAUUCGUGUCGCUAUUACUCGAAUGCUUCGCGUUUAGAAAGACUGCGAUAGUCUCGAUUCCAUCCGCAUAAAAAAAAAAAUUGUAAUUUUUUUGAUGGAUUAUCUUUGCCAGAGAUAUUGAUCCAACAAAAAAACAAUUUUUUUUAAAAAUUUUUUUGUAAAUAUGUGUUUUUUUUUUUUAAACUAUACCAAUGAAUUGUUACAAGCCCUUUCACUUGUAUUGUCUUAUGCUUUAUUAAAGAUAGACUUUUUAAAAAAUAUAUAUACAUAUUAUAUAUAUAUAUAUAGGUAUAAAAUAUCGUAGAGCAUAAAAAAAAAACCGUCUAGAACAUUUUGUACAGACUUUUUUAGAUAUACUUAACUGUGACUUGUUUUUCUGUUUAUUGUUCUUUUUUUUUAUCACUUUAUCAUAAAUGUAAAAUCAUUUGAAGGAAGGUUUUUAAUGUGUGGUGUAUAUAUUAUAUUUAUACGAAAAAUGGGGCCAAGACCAACUUAUAUAAUAUUAUAAUAAAAGCCCUUUUCGAUUGUAUAAUAUGCACAAAAUGCUUCCUAGUGUUUUUUUUUUUUUUUUGAAAAUAAUUUAAACCUUUUUUUUAAGAAAAAGGUUUGAACGCAAUUAGAAAAAAAAAUAUGCAGCUUAGCUGUAAUAUUUGAUGGGAGAAGAAAUGGAGAUUUUAUUCUUGAUAAGGGCUGGUUUGUAAUAAUGCAUAGCGAGCUUUUUUGCUAAUUUUUAAUCUUUAGCAUUCCAUUGUACUUUUUAACCCUUCCAAAAAAAAAAGAACAACUAGUGCCUGAAAGAAUUUACACUGUGUACAUUAAAUAUUUAUCUCCAUUUUUAAUUGUACGCUGAAAGUUUUUAUCAAUUAACUCAUAGGUUUAGCAAAAAAUUUAAAAAUUAAAAAAAAACAAAAAGAUUGAUUAAUUGGGCUCAAUAAAUAAAAUGUACACGAA